ACGUCGAGCCAAUUGCUGGUCUGAUGGGAGGGUUUUUCCUACUUUUUCUUACUUUUUAUCUGGGCGUUGUACCUUUCUCGGGGUGUCUGCGUAACUGCCCAGACUUACCUUGGUUUGGUCAGAUGACACCUCCUCUGGGACUGGCUAGCCAGCGUUCAUGUCUACAUUAUUGAUCUCGUCGUCCUGUGUGUGAGUCACUCACCUGUGAGCUCCUAGAGGUCAGGGACUGAAUCUGGUUCCAUGGGGUCCUCGGGUCCUCGGAGCCCUAGCACAAGGCCCACUACUCAGUUGGCUCUUAAUCAAAUCUGUGAAACAAAUUAUAAAGUUGCUUUUUCUACUAGACCUUGUUGGGACACCAAGGAGCCGGCGUCGGUUGCUUAACUUGGAUGCAGUGCCUGACCUAGAGGGAGGCGAAAGGGUUGUUAGCGUGACGUGACUCUGGUGACCUACACCGAGAAGCUGAAGGGUCUCUUAAGCUCUGCGGCCGGAAGCCAUCUGCUUUUGCGGUUUAUACAGUAGCAACUUUAUCAGAAGUUACCUUUCUGCACACUAGCGUGUGACGUUAAUUUGUCUUCCUGAUUCAUCAAAGGGAGUUUCCGUUGCAGUUGGUGAUGCAGUGGGCCUCUCCCAUUUCUUUUUUCUUUUCAUCCAUUACAAUCAAGGAACGAUUUGCAAGAACAUCCUUUACCUCUGGAAAAUAAGGCAUCCAGGGCUAAAAGUCCCAAAAGAAAGAAGCUGGAAACAAGAUCUGGGGAUCCAAUUUUAAAUUUCACAUUAAUAUUAAGUUAAACUGUAGACAAGUGCUGAAGUACAUUUUUCCUUCCAGUACUUUGACUCAGAUACCACUUCAUAUUAGACAAAUGUUUUAUAUUCUCUACUGAGUAUUUUGCAUUUUCAUAGGGCUAAUGUCAUUUUCAGUUGUAAUAAUCGAUUGGCAUAGUGUCAGUGGAAAUUUUUUAAGAUUGAGUUUGCAGUGAGCAGACUUUUGGAAGGAACAGUGCUGACAUCCAGUGGAUGCUUAAAGUAAUACAGAGGAGAAAUCUUUCAAAAAAAAAAAAAAAAUAUGCCUUAUUGGAGGAACUGGAACGCUCCACCCUUCAGGACAGUGAUGAAUAUUCCAGCCCAGCUCCUCUUCCGCUGGAUCAGCAUUCCAGAAAGGAGAAUAACCUUGAUGAGACUUCGGAGGUCCUUUCUGUUCAGGAUAACACAAGUCCCUUGCCGGCGCAGCUUGUGUAUACUACCAAUAUCCAGGAGCUCAAUGUCUACAGUGAAGCCCAAGAGCCAAAGGAAUCACCACCACCUUCUAAAACGUCAGCAGCUGCUCAGUUGGAUGAGCUCAUGGCUCACCUGACUGAGAUGCAGGCCAAGGUGAUCCAUGCUCUAGGUCAAUCGUGGCAUCCUGAGCAUUUUGUCUGUACUCAUUGCAAAGAAGAGAUUGGCACCAGUCCCUUCUUUGAGCGGAGUGGCUUGGCCUACUGCCCCAAUGACUACCACCAACUUUUUUCUCCACGCUGCGCUUACUGCGCUGCUCCCAUCUUGGAUAAAGUGCUGACAGCAAUGAACCAGACCUGGCACCCAGAGCACUUCUUCUGCUCUCACUGUGGAGAGGUGUUUGGUGCAGAAGGCUUUCAUGAGAAGGACAAGAAGCCAUAUUGCCGAAAGGAUUUCUUAGCCAUGUUCUCACCCAAGUGUGGUGGCUGCAAUCGCCCAGUGUUGGAAAACUACCUUUCAGCCAUGGACACUGUCUGGCACCCAGAGUGCUUUGUUUGUGGGGACUGCUUCACCAGUUUUUCUACUGGCUCCUUCUUUGAACUGGAUGGACGUCCAUUCUGUGAGCUCCAUUACCAUCACCGCCGGGGAACGCUCUGCCAUGGAUGUGGGCAGCCCAUCACUGGCCGUUGUAUCAGUGCCAUGGGGUACAAGUUCCAUCCUGAGCACUUUGUGUGUGCUUUCUGCCUGACACAGUUGUCGAAGGGCAUUUUCAGGGAGCAGAAUGACAAGACCUAUUGUCAACCUUGCUUCAAUAAGCUCUUCCCACUGUAAUGCCAACUGAUCCACAGCCUCUUCAGAUUCCUUAUAAAAUUUAAACCAAGAGAGGAGAGGAAAGGGUAAAUUUGCUGUUACUGACCUUCUGCUUGAUAGUCUUAUAGAAAAAGGAAAGGUGAUGAGCAAAUAAAGGAACUUCUAGACUUUA